AUUCCAUUUCAUCCGCUCGUCCGCGUCCGUCAACAUCCCACUUAACGUCUUUUUUUGUGUGUCUUUCGGUCUAUUUAAGUUUUUUUUUCUUCUCAUAUUAUUUGUCAUACUAGCGAACACAAGAAGGCUUCGGCUCGGCUCGGCUCGGCUCUAUCGCUCGGCCAUUUGUUAGAUUUGAAAGCCGCCAUUUAAAAAAAGCACACACACGAAACGGGAGCAGAGCGGAGACGAUAUUAUAUUAUCCACCCAGCAGCGGCGACAUCGAUACAUCGAAACAACACCAACAACGUCGUAAAACAGGCGCGCGUGUUCGUCGUCGUGGCAGCCCCUCAAACAUAUAUACACACACACAAACACACUCACACACACACCGCGAGACGCACUCACAUCGGCUCCAUCCAACUCUUCCGCCCAACACCACCUGCCCCUCUGGUCGAGUUCAUAAUUCUGCCGCCCUGACAGCUAGCUCAGUUCGGUUUUCGUGAUCGUGCUCGUGCUCUCGUUCUCGUCCGUCUCGUUCGUGCCCGAAGUCGCUGGCAGCGGCAGAGACAGCAGCAGCGACAGCAACAGCAGCAAACAGCAAACAGCAACAGCAACAAACAUUAACAUUCAGGGACAACGACAACACGGCGACGGCGUCUGCGUCGACAUCCCUACGUUUCAGUUCUGAUUGGAGAUAUUUCGUCAAAACUUUCCAUAACAAAAGAAAAACCGCAUUGCAACAACAAUAACAACACCAGCAACAAUAAUAUUAAUAAUAAUAAUAAUAGACAACUACGAGCGGAUUACAAAAGCUUCCAAGAAUUGCAUUCUUUGAUAUUAACGUCAAAAUGUUAAAGUGUUGAGCACAACUUUGUAUACUGAAGGACGUCAAGGAUAUUAUAUGUAUUGUACAUUUGCUUGCAUGCAAAAAACAAACAACAAAAAUAGAAAGAAAGAAAGGAAAUCGGAGUUUUAUUUAUUUUGCCGACUAUUCCGCUGCUCCACUCGCUAAUAUUGACCAACCCGAAACGGCUUCCAAAUGAAGAUGGCAUCUCAACGGUUUUGUCUGCGCUGGAACAAUCAUCAGAGUAAUCUGUUGUCUGUCUUCGAUCAGCUACUGCACGCCGAGACCUUUACAGAUGUGACGCUGGCCGUCGAAGGACAAUACCUAAAGGCACACAAGAUGGUGCUAUCCGCGUGCAGUCCAUAUUUCAAUCAGCUGUUUGUCAAUCAUCCGGAAAAGCAUCCGAUUGUCAUACUCAAAGAUGUGCCCUAUUCGGAUAUGAAAUCCCUGCUGGACUUUAUGUAUCGCGGCGAGGUGUCUGUUGAUCAGGAAAGGCUCACAGCCUUCCUGCGCGUCGCCGAAAGUCUGCGCAUCAAGGGCCUGACCGAGGUCAACGAUGAUAAGCCCACGUCCGCGGAAAGCGCACCGGCGCCACCGCAACUGCAACGCAUCCAACCGUACCUGGUGCCGCAGCAACGCAAGCAGCCGAAUGUCCUUGCUGCAAGUGCAGCAGCUGCCGCCUUGCAGGCUGCCACACAGCCAUCGCUCCUCAGUUCCGCCCUGAUGCCCAAACGCAAACGUGGCAGACCCCGCAAGCUAUCCGGCAGCUCCAAUGGCACUGGCAACGAUUACGAUGAAUACGAGCGCGAGGGCCUCAUGAAUGAUUCGGAUUUGGGCAAUGGCAAACUUGGCAACGACUCAUAUUCCGGCAAUGAUGAUGGCUCCGAUGACAACCAGCAAGAAUCUGCGAACAAUGAUGAUCUGAAUGAAAGCCGCGACUCACUGCCCUCGAAGAGAUCAAAGAGCGGGAAAGAUCAGCGCAUGGCACAACAACAACACCACCAACAACAGCAGCAGCAGCAACAACAACAAGACGACAACAGCACUUCCGAUGGGAACGAUAGCGAUGGCGAUGCCAUGGACACGUCGUACAUGGAGCCACAGCUAAUGCUGGAUGAAUACGAUGAGCCCGUGGAAUUCAAAUACAAUCCGCUGACGGACAACAACUCACCCACACAGGAACAGAACACGGCGACAACGGACAGCAGCAACAGCCAUCAGCAUCUCAACGAGCAGGCGCGUCAGCAGGCGUUCCUCAUAGCGGCACAGCGCAAGCAUCAGGUGGAAACCGCUGCAUUGGCAGCCAGUGGUGGUGGCGGUGGUGGUGCUGCUGCUGCCAGCAGCGGCGGCGGUGGCUUAAGACUCAACAUUAUUGGCAUUGCCGGCGGUGGCACUGGUCCCGGUGGCAAGUCAAUGGUCAGCAUUCCGAAAUUAACGCCCAUUGGCAAGGUGAAUGCCGCCUCCACGCCACUGGUAUCGCCCGCAUCCUCAUCGUCGUCCAAGCCGCGCGCCCAAAAACGGCCCAAGCUUAAACAGAACGGGGAUAUGGCCAAAAAUGCGUAUGCAUCCGGUCAGGAUUAUCUCGAUCUGUACAAUAGCAGCAGCGAUGGCUUCAAACUAAAGUCCGAGCUACUCGGCGGCAGUACACCGAAUCUGAGUAGCAUCGGUGCCGGCGCUGGCGUUGGCGUUGGCGUUACGGCCGCCGUGAAGACCAAACUCAAUCUCAGCAGCAAUAUUGGCGAGGGCGAAACCGAGGGCUCCGUGCGCGACUAUUGUACCAAAGAGGGGGAGCACACGUAUCGCUGCAAGGUCUGCUCGCGCGUCUACACGCACAUCAGCAACUUCUGCCGGCACUAUGUGACCUCGCACAAGCGCAACGUCAAGGUGUAUCCGUGUCCGUUCUGCUUUAAGGAGUUCACGCGCAAGGACAAUAUGACGGCGCACGUGAAGAUCAUACACAAAAUUGAGAAUCCAUCAACGGCGCUGGCCAAUGUUGCCGCUGCCACGUUGGCCAAUCAGUCGUCGCUUGGCGGCGGCGGCAGUGGCAGCGGUAACGGUGGCGGUUCAACAGCGGUGGCAACAACGCCAACGCCGCCCGAUUUGAAUGCACAGAAUUCGAAUCAAUCGCUGCCAGCGACAACAAACAAUGCGCUAUCCACCUCAUCAUCGUCGUCCACGUCAUCGUCCAGUGCCUCGUUGGGCUCGCUGGCAACGGCAGCAGCGGCCGCUGCCGCGGCGCAGUAAUCUCUACUAAUUACAAUAAUAACAACAACAAAAACAACAACCAUAAAACACAAAAACCAAGAAGCCGCAUAUUCCAAAAUCAAUAACAAAAAAAAAAAGAAAAGAGAAAAACAAGAAAUAAUGACGAAAAUAUAAAAUAGUUGAAAUUCAGCAGAGGAGAAGGAGCAAAGAGAAGGCAGAGAAGGGGGCCAGGCGCCAGGCGCCAGUCGCCAGUCGCAACAGGGACAGGGGGAUGGGGAAGGGGGGAGGGGUUUGUAUAGGCUAGGGGGCAUUUGCAGCGUGUUAGUUAACAUUUGAAAUUGUUAAUUUUGUUUUUUAGUUAUCUACACUUUACUACGCUUUGAUUGUAAAGUUAAUCGUUUAAUCUCAGCAUGAUGAAAAGUUUCCUCUGUUGAACGUUAUAUUUACGUUUAUAUUAUUAUUAUUUUUUUUUAAUUUUUUACUCCGCUCUUAUAAUUUUUAAUUAUUUUACAAAACGAUAUAUGUUGUGCAAUUAUAUAAUUUCGAUAACGGUUACAAACUUUAGUUUAACCCGCAAUUAGAAUGCAAACAAACAAAAAAAAAAAAAAGAAAGAAAGAAAAACCCCACUAUAAAUACCAAUAGCGUUAACCAACACUUAGCAUUAUGAAAAACAAAACAACAAAAAAACACCCUAAAUCAAAAAAAAAAAAAACAAA